AUGACUACUGAAACAAUGCCUUCCAUAUCCGAAGAAGAAAUCUUAGCAUCAUACCCACAAAUUAGUCAACCAACCCAAUUGACUGGUUUCACAUCCAACUUGACUGAGGAUCAAAAGAAUACCACCAUUGAAUUGCGUAAACAGUUGGUUGCUUUAGGGUACAAAGACAGAUUGGAUGAUGCUACACUUUUGCGAUUCUUGAGGGCUAGAAAAUUUGAUUUGAACUUGGCCAAGCAAAUGUUUAUUGAUUGUGAAAAUUGGAGACAAAAGUUUGGUACCAAUACCAUUUUACAAGAUUUCCACUAUGAAGAAAAACCAAUUGUUGCCAAAAUGUAUCCAACUUAUUACCACAAGACAGAUAAAGAUGGACGUCCGGUCUACUAUGAAGAAUUGGGUAAAGUUGAUUUGCACAAGAUGUUGAAGGUUACAACACAAGAAAGAAUGCUUAAAAACUUGGUUUGGGAAUAUGAAAGCAUGGUUCAAUUUCGUUUACCUGCAUGUUCAAGAAAAGCUGGUUACCUAGUUGAAACCUCAUGUACAGUUUUAGACUUGUAUGGAAUCUCCAUCUCAUCAGCAUACAAUGUCAUGGGCUAUGUCAGAGAAGCUUCGAAAAUUGGUCAAGAUUACUAUCCAGAAAGAAUGGGUAAAUUCUAUUUAAUCAAUGCACCAUUUGGUUUUGCUACUGCUUUCAGAUUGUUUAAACAAUUUUUGGAUCCAGUCACUGUUUCCAAGAUCCAUAUAUUGGGUUAUUCAUAUCAAAAGGAAUUAUUGAAACAAAUUCCACCUCAAAAUUUGCCAAAGAGAUUCGGUGGUGCUGAUGAUGUUAGUGAUGAUGAUUUGCUUUUGAAAGACGUUGGUCCUUGGAGAGAUCCCGAAUAUAUUGGUCCUGAAGGUGAAGCUCCAAAAGCUUACGAUGUAUAA